AUGUCAGGUGACAAAAUUGGGUUGAUGGUAAACAAUCUUGGAGGAACAUCCCAAUUGGAAUUAUACAUUGUAGCAAGAGAAGCAGUCCAAUAUCUCAGUAAGUGCGCAUUUAUAAUUAAAUGGCUAUUCGUGUGACGUGGCGCAAUCUAGACUUGCCCAAGUCGCUCGCAAGGGACCGCGCGUAGCAAGAAGGGAGCGCUUGAGAAAGACGGAAGCGAGCGACUUGUGUCACUUGCCUGAUUUUGAAUCUUACUGAAAAAUUUGGCGCGAAAAUCAAUCAUGACAUAGUGGGCGUUCACCAUGUCGAUUUCACUAGUUCAUUAUUGUUUUGGCGUCGUUAGUACAGAGUAAUAAUGAGCAUUCACUGACGUCACCGAAGCAAAAAUGCACCGGUGAAUUUGGCGCGCUUGCGGGUGACAAAAGUCCGUCGCUUCCAGGAACCACGAACCGCGGACUUUGGAAAGUCUAGACGCAAUCGUGCCAAGGCCUUUUUAACUAUAUGACUGGGGAGGGGGGGCCGGCAAAUAUAAGCAAAAUAUUGGAAGAAAAAUGGAAUUUAGAAGGGAGGUUUGAUAUUCUAGUAACUGAAAUUUGCUAUGUGAAUCUUAUGUCCUGUCCUUUAUCUUCAAAUGAUUCAAUGUCUUUUUAAAAAAGUUAAACAUUGUGCUACAUUACAUAUUUACAUUACAAUAUUAAGUGGAUAGCAUAUCCCAGACUUGAGUUGCUGGAAGGCUGGGCUAAACAAGUUAUUGAUCGAGUUGUGGUUUUUACAUAGAUAUACCAUGCAAGUACUGAAGAUUCGGCCUAUCUACAGUAUAAUGUAAUGCUGUAUAUCCAAAAAUCUGUUUCAGAAAACGCAGGAAAUGCAGUCCUAGGGGUGGAAAAACACAACCACUAUUUAUUGCAUUUGCCAAAAAUGACGCGCAUAGUUAAAAGUGGCGCGCACAGCUAAAAAUGACGCGCAUAGUUAAAAGUGGCGCGCACAGCUAAAAAUGACGCGCAUAGUUAAAGUGGCGCGCACAGCUAAAAAUGACGCACAUAGUUAAAGUGGCGCGCACAGCUAAAAAUGACGCGCAUAGUUAAAAGUGUCGCGCACAGCUAAAAAUGAUGUGCGCGCACGGAAAGGGACUAUUUCUUAUUCAAUAUUUGAAUUUCAAUGUAUCGCAUAUUUCAGGAACGGUAAAAGGUGCUGAAGUUGAUAGAAUAUAUGUUGGUACUUUCAUGACAUCUUUGGAAAUGGCUGGAGUUUCAAUCACGCUGAUACAUUUGAACGAAGAAAGAAAUAAGUAUUUAGGUAUUUAUCUGCUGCGAACCUAUUACAUUUUAGAAUAAGUUACCGUGGUUUGUGUUUCAAAUACUUGAAAAGGCUCUUUAUCAUACGGUCAGAGACUAAUUUAUAAAUAUUUUGAAGAAGUGCGUUCCACGAAUAGAAACGUACAAGUUCUUACAGGUCUGCAAACAAGGUUUACAAAUUUGUUCACAAGCUGUCCACAAGUUGUGUUCGCACUGCUUGUUCCCAUGGAGUUAUUGUAACAAGUUUGGAACAAGCUGUUAACAACUUGUAACAAGCUUGAUGGCAUUGUUGCUUGAUGGCUUGACCCAAGUUGUCAACAAGCAUGGAACAGCUUAUAACAGUUGAAAUUUUAUAAGAUUUGUUACAAGGUUGUUCUAACAAGUCUGAUACAGUCAUGAUAUAACAAGAAUGUUACAAGGUUGACGACACAAACUUGUAACAAUAUUGUUAUUUCAUGACUGCAUGUAUCAGACUUGUUGGAACAACCUUGCAAGAAGUCUUAUAAUUUCAACUGUUAUAAGUUGUUCCAUGCUUGUUGACAACUUGGGCACAUAAUAAAGAUCAGUAACAGAAGGGCCACUCAGCGGUGCAACGUAUCCUCGUUUUUUUAUGCAAAAAUAUGCAGUUUACUGGCCAAAAGGCGGAACAGCCAGCCAGUACAGCGUGUUUAUUAGCUAGAAAAUGUCAUUGACUGGCUAGGAAAAUGGCGGCCAACAUGCGUAAUGCGACAUGCGCGAAGACAGAAACUUCAAAGCUUCCGACGUAAGUGGCCCUUCUAUAUGGAUCUUUAUUCUAUGACUUGGGUCAAGCAGUGCGAUUACAACUUGUUGACGGCUUAUUGGCAGACUGAUUGAUGUACGAUGGGAGAUUUUUACGCGUGUAGUGAAACGUCAAAAUGGAAAGUGUUUCUAACCCUUUUUGGAUAGUUCAGACGCAAAACAUACUACAAAAAUAUUUCUGAGCUACAAUUAUAUUCAGAUAAAAAUGUUACUUGUUUUUUUAUUUUUAGACUUUGCAACGACAAUGCCAGGUUGGCCAAGUGUGUUUGGCAACCAGGAGGUUCCAGAACCCGUCGAUGGGUUUGACUUGAAUAAGGAGCCUGGGGUGGAAGCGGAAAAGAUAAAAGAAUUGACACCAUUAGGUUUGUUGAUCACAGUAAUCGAGAAAUUUAGAAAUGAUUAAAAACAUUUCAAAUAAUUUUGGAUUGUUACUCGUUUUUUUUAAGUAGUUUUAUAUGGUUAACGCAACUCCUGACGUCAUCAAAACCAUAGUCAAUGAGGUCAAGAAUUAGUCCAAGAUGGCGGACUGCUCAUUAAUUAUGGUCUAAAUAUUUUGAGAACUAAGCAAGAUAUGACAAAUCCACUCUUCUCCUCAGAGUCAAUUAUAUAGGAUUGUAGGAGGGGGGUGGGGGGGGGGGUGGGACCGAUGGUUGACAAAUUCCAUCUUCCCAUCAUACCUAGUGCGUUUUGACUAACAAUUACGUAAUUUGUUUCCCAAGAAAUAUUACGUAAUUUUACUAAAAAUUCGUGUGGCUCUGCGGAAGAGAGCGUGACAAAUCGGUAAUAAAGUUUAAUACUUAAUUUUAAGAGUUCUUUUAAAUGAGACAAACUGCCAUUGUCUUAAAUAUUAUUUCGAAAGUCGAUGAUACUGGUGAUAAUGAUCAUGAUCAAUUGAUAAUGAUGGUGUCGUGAUCAAUCGAUGAUCAUUAUUGUGAUCAAUUAAUGAUGAUGAGGAUGGUAAUCGAUGAUGAUGAUGAUGUUCCUAGUCAAUCACAAUGAUCAUGAUCAAAUCGAUGGUGAUGAUGUUGAUCAAUCGAUAAUCAUUAUUUUGUUUGGUCGUAUGCGUUUUUGUGAAGUACGAUACAAUCCUGGGACAUAGUGAUACAGUGUGAUAGAAGUGAUAUUAACAUUUUGUGUUCGUUCAGGUCGUACAAUAUACAACUGCUUGUCACAGAUUGCUGAUACCUUAGAAGCAAAUGAAGAACGUCUAAAUAAUUUGGAUCGUUUGGCUGGAGAUGGGGACUGUGGAUCAACGUUAAAGCGUGCGGCACGAGGUAAUUAUAUGGCCUGUAUUUACUCACAAAAUAGUUCUUUCAGUUCUAAGCUGUUCUUCCUAGAGGUCUAGUUCAGGUCCCCUAUAUUGAUAAAGUUUUACUGCAGACAGAAACCGGAAUCAUUUGGAAGCAUUUUGCUCAAAUGCGACUGAGAGG